GCCCACUUUGUUUUGUUUUUUUGAGUUGUAAAUACGUUAAACGGACGCGAAUUGUCGAGCGUUGCGUUUUACUCAGAGAUACAGCGUGCUCACGUAGCGUUACUCUUCUCUCGUAAAUAAAUUAAACUGUAGAUUAGUUUAACUAGUCGUUGUAGCGUUUUUACAUUUUAGAACAUUGUAUAUUUAUAAUACGGAGGUUAUUGUGAUUAAAUGCUACGUUUUGACAAGUCGUGAGGUGGUAAAGUUGGUUGGCUAGCCAUAUUGAGAUAUCUAGCUGUUGGCAUUGUUCUUGCUUUUAUCGAAGAAAAAUAAUUUAUCAUAUUAUCACAGUACUGUCAGUGUUCCCCAUUAACUUUUUAAAAUGUCAUAAGCACACUAAAUGUUGUGGAAGACUGAGGGUUGCCCUGCCAACUGGUUUUAAAAAGUGAGCUGACAACUUUGCUAAUCAACUAGCUACUUAGCUAACUAGUAAGAGGAAGAAGAACAGGGGGACAGAGCUUGUGAGCCAUCUUGUGUGUGUAAAUCGCUAGCAAUUUCUGAUUACUGGAUGGAUAUAAUUCAUUGUUAGUUGUCUCUGGGGCACUAACAUAUUUUAAGGCCAUACCUGAUGUGAUAAUCAAACGGAAACGCAGUCGUACACACGGAAUUUCUUCCCCAAAAUAACAGAACUGAAACAUCUUCGGCGUUUUUCCGAAAAUAUCAGUUUGCAUCUGUUGAAGAAGAUGCACUAUUACAGAUAUGAAAAUGCAGAGGUCAGCUGUUGCUACAAAUACCUCAUGUUCAGCUACAACAUUAUCUUUUGGCUAGCUGGAACAGCAUUCAUUGCAAUUGGCUUCUGGGCCUGGAGUGAAAAGGGUGUUUUAUCAGAUCUGACACAAGUUACACGUCUACAUGGUUUUGACCCAGUUUGGGGGGUGUUGGUUGUGGGCACAGUCACUUUUGUUUUGGGAUUUGCUGGGUGUGUUGGAGCUCUCAGGGAAAACAUCUGCCUACUUAAGUUUUUCUCUGGAGUCAUUGGCUUCAUCUUCUUCCUGGAGUUGACGGCUGCAGUGUUGGCGUUUGUGUUCCAGGGACAAGUUAGGGAAUGGAUCAAUGAUUUCUUCUUGGCCAAUGUGAAGGCCUACAGGGAAGACAUUGACCUCCAGAAUCUGAUCGACUCUCUCCAGAAGCUGAAUCAUUGCUGUGGAGCUAAAGACCCCAACGACUGGAAUCUAAAUGUGUAUUUUAAUUGCUCAGAGGGUAACCCCAGCAGAGAGAAAUGUGGAGUGCCCUUUUCCUGCUGCAUCAGCGACCCUGCUGAUACAGUGUUGAACACGCAGUGUGGUUAUGAUGUUAGAAAAUCAGGCACACCGACUCACUGGAGCAACACCAUAUAUGUCAAAGGAUGCAUGAUGGCUUUAGAGGAGUGGCUUCCACGCAAUCUCUACAUUGUGGCUGGAGUCUUCAUAGUCAUAUCGUUGCUACAGAUGGUGGGAAUCUUCUUGGCAAGGACGCUGAUCGGAGACAUUGAAAAAGUCAAGUUUAAUUAUUAGUUAAACUCACAUAACUGAAAGGGAUCAAAGGGCAAUGUAUAGAAAAAGACAUGAACCACCUGUUAUUCUUCAGCGUUUUUUUUGUGAAGAAAAGGACUCUGGACCAUUCACUGGACCACCUUUUCAGCAUUUUUAUAGACCACGUAUUGAAUACGUAACUGCCUGAGUUAUCUUGGAUACCGUCACACGUGUGCCUUCUCUCUUCUUCAAGUUUACCUCCAGCCCCCUCCCUGUUUCUAUUUUAUUUUUAUUUUUUUUCAAAUCUUUUUAUAGGACUACCGUUAACCAAACAUUUGUAUUUUUGGGACCACUAUUAACCAAGCUGGGAAUACAUGGUGGCAACAUGAUGGGUCCAUAACCUAUAAACUAACCUGAAACGUAAUGACAAAGUCGUCAACCAAGCUUUGAUUACUAAAAUGUAUCUGUAUGUUCCUGUUGCACGCACUCCAAAAUCUUGUGUACUCUUUUCUUUUAGAGAACAAAAUUAAUUAGUACAAAAGCACAAAUUGGAACAAAUGUAGGAUGUUUUUUAAAAGCAUGUUUGUUAUUCCUUAGAUAAAACAUGCAAAAAUUAAGACUUAAAUGAAUAACUGGCCUCUCAUAGUAAAAAGUGUAAUGAAAGAGAACAAUUUUUACGCAGUUUUAACUGCCGUAAAUACAUAUCUUUAAAGUUUGUUGAGUUUAGUUGUAUUCGUGACUUAAUAUUUCUGCAGACAGAAGUUCUGUGUUUAAUGUCAAGAAAAAAAUAUCAGGAUCUGACCGGAAGUACUCACAUGUAAAUGGAAGCUGGGAAGAAGUCGAAUGCCAGCGAGUCUAAAAGAGAUGCAUCAAUGUGUUCUUUAUUUUACCGUAAGCACCUCAUAUGCGCUAUUAUUUGUCCAGACUGUUAGUGACCAUUUUAAUUAAAUAUUUGCAUUUAUAAAUGCGUACAUCGUAUGGAUCUGUGCAGACCUUUAUAAGUCACUAGAGUUAUGGCUUAUAAUACUGAUGUCAGCAUUGCCUUGAAAUGCCAACAUUUACCUCCUUUUUCUACUCUUACUUGGUGACUUUAUACAAAAAUGCAGAUUGUGCCUUUUCUCUGGCAUUGAAGAUUACAUAUGUAUUGUACCAUGCUUAAGCUGGAUAGAAUCAAACCCACGCUUAGUCUUUUUUACGGGUACUCGAAGAAUAUUUACUUUUUUGUAUUUUCAGUUUAAAACUUAACUGCCAUUACAGCACAAACUACUUAAAAUGCGUAACAUUAACAAUAUAACAUUAUCAUGUCUUCACACUUGGAGUAGCCAAAACAUAUGCAUUCUGACAUAAAUGCAAACACAUGCCUGUCUUCACUUUUCUAAAACCCAAAGACUUAUCUUUUCGCAGUUCUGUCUUAGUAUACUUGUAUAUGACUAUUCAAAUUCUCAUUGCAAAAUAGAAAUUAUUUUUAAAAAAGCAUUUAGUUAAUCUUUUUAAUUGGAGUGCACUAUUUUGUCCCUUUUUGGAGUGUCUGUCUGUGCCACUGUGUAGUGUUAAAGCGUGAUAGAGUAUUUACGUGAAGGGAUAUUUUUUUGUUUGAUUUAGAUGUCAUUUGAAUAUUUGUUGUCUUUGUAAAUAUUUUCUGAAUUUAUUUCAUUUUUAUAUUCAAUAAAAGUCUUACAUUAUUAGCCACAUUA